UCCACCAACCACGCACAAUUACUCGAACUACCAUCAAAAGCUAGCUUAAUUAUCACCUUUAAUUCAUUGAUCAAGAUCAGCUAGCAAGCAGAAGCAGCAGCCUCCUUGAUCUUCUGCGAGAAUUGAAGAUGAUGGUAGCAGCUAGCUUAUCAUCUCUGCUCGCCGCGGUCGCGAUCAUGGCGUCGGCGGCGUCCGCCGGAGGCACCAGCUACACCGUUGGCGAGCCCGGUGGCGCGUGGGACCUGGGCACCAACCUCACCGCCUGGGCUUCCGCCGUCGACGGCGACCUCCACCCGGGCGACCAGCUCGUGUUCCGGUACGACGCGUCGGCGCACGACGUGGUGGAGGUGACCCUGGCCGGGUACCGCUCCUGCUCGGCCGCGGCGAGCAGCGCCGUCUCCGCCGCCGCGCUCCGGACAGGCAGCGACGCCGUCCGGCUCGACGGCACCGGGACGCGCUACUUCAUCUGCAGCGUGCCGGGGCACUGCGGCGCCGGGAUGAAGCUGCGGGUCAGGGUGGUCACGGACGGCGCCGGGUGCAACAGCUCGUUGCCGUCGCUGGCGCCGGCGCCACCCGGCGCGCCGGCGCCGGCCAUCACGAUCUGCCCGGGCGGCCCGCCGACGGUCAUCAUGACCCCCGGCGUCAUCUCCUACAGCGCAGCGCCGAGGUCUUCGGACAAUCUCAGCUCCGUACUUGUCGCCAUGGCGUCUCUGCUGCUUGGCGUCGUCUGAGGGCAUCUUGACUCGUAUGAUUUUUAUAUAAUUAAAUGAGUUGUUAAGUAAGAUAACAGAUUAUGUGGCAAGUGAUUAAGUAAAGAAAAAAAAGAAAAUCAUAUAUAUCUUAUACUACACAGUACACAAGACAUGAUGAGAGAUGAAUAUUAUUAAAAUUUAUAUAUAAAUUAAUAGUGUUUGCAUUGUAAAAGUAGUAUUUAAGUAAUAGUUUAUUUACAACAUAGAGGAUAUAGGAAUUACGAGUAAUGUCUUGCACUCUAACUAAUCGUUUCAUUCAUCUGCGACAGCUUAGCGAUUCCUUAAGCACCGUCUGUUGAACCUAUAAAUCUCUGUUCCAGAUAUUCAAGCAGAUAAUUGGCUUGUAACACACAAAUGACUGAAUUUGUGAUACUUUGUUUGAACACAAAUAUAUUCACGGGGUGCACAUAACCCGCAAACACUCAUCUUUAUGAAUACACAUGU